ACCUUUUAAAUUAUGAUCACAAGAAAUUAAAUUAAUCCAUGUCUAGUAUUGUCUAGAUGAAGGUUACCUGAAGCAAGCUUUACUGGCACAUACGUCAUACUUACAGAUACUAAAAGAGACAAUGAAGACUGUAUUUAUUUGCCUCUGUCUUACAAGUCUUGUCUGGGCUUUUCCUGUUCAUGAGUCUCAGUCAGAUAGCUCAGAGGCAGACAGUAGAUCAUCAGAAUCAAGCAUCCAGAGCUCUGAACAGAAGUAUUAUUCAAGGGGAGGAGUUACCCCCCAGUAUAAGGAAGAAGAUAUUAGUGGCGUUGAUGAUGAAGUCACUAUUGACCAAAAUUCAGCUGCUGUUUUAGAUGCAGUUGAUAGUGUAGGCCACUCAGACGAAGUCUCAAAGGGAGAAGAACAGAAAAAUGUAUCCCAAUAUGAUUACGAGACAGGACAGAUAACAGAACAGCUGACUCUGGGCUCAGAUGAUACCAGUGAUCACACUGAGAGUAAAGAAAGUGAAGAUAACGCUGAGAAUGGCAGUGGCAAUCAUUCAGAAAAUGGUGCAAGUCUAGAUACCAGUGAUUUUGCCAUGAGUCCUGAUAAUAAUGAUAGUGAGGAUGAAGAUGAUAAUUAUAGUGAUUAUGAUGCUCCUAACAUAUCUAGUGCCCGCAACAGUCAUGAAAUUAUUGGAAAACAAAGUGAACACCAUGAUGACUAUGAUGAGGAUGUAAGUGUCAAGAGCGGGGAAAGUAGACAGGGCAAAGACAAUUUUGACUGUAGUGAGAACAACAAAGAAAAUGUUGAUAAUGAAAACAAUAAAAUGAAUAAAGCUCAACAAUUUAGCCAAGAGCACAGCUAUGAAUAUGAUAUUGAAGAGAUGCAAAAUGAUGAUUCAAAUCCACUGCUGAGCAGCACCGAUUCUAGCAUAAAUCUGGAUCUUACUAUCAGUACGUCAAAAGAAAAAAGGAAAGAUGUCAGUAGGAAGAAACAACCAGGAAAAGGCAUAAAUAAAAAGAAGUCCAAAGGAUUUACCAAGAACAAAGUCAAACACAUCUCAGAUAAUAAAGGCUUGCAAAAGCAUGGUAGCAAAUCUAUGGAGGACCAGUUGAAUUCAGAAGAGACACACAGCUUAGAAAACAGAGAUUCCCCCCUACAUGGAAGCAAUAACAAAUUUGAAAAACAGACAAGUAUUUCAGUUGAAGAUACUCAUUCGGAGGAAGAUAUCAUUCCCCCACACAAGGAUGCAAGUCACUCAAAGGAAGAAAUCAGACUUAAACAAUAUGUAACUCAAUCGAAGGAGACCAACAGCAGGUCAAAAGAGGUGAUCAGUCAUUCAGAGGAAGAUGUUACACAAUCAAAGGAAGAUGGCACUCAAUCUCACAAGGAUGCAAGUCACUCAAAAGAAGAAAUUAGACUUAAACAAUAUGUCACUCAACCGAAGGAGACCAACAGCAGCUCAAAAGAGGUGAUCAGUCAUUCAGAGGAAGAUGUUACACAAUCAAAGGAAGAUGGCUCUCAAUCUCACGAGGAUGCAAGUCACUCAAAAGAAGAAAUCAGACUUAAACAAUAUGUCACUCAACUGAAGGAGACCAGCAGCAGGUCAAAAGAGGUGAUCGGCCAUUCAGAGGAGGAUGUUACACAAUCAAAGGAAGAUGGCUCUCAAUCUCACGAGGAUGCAAGUCACUCAGAAGAACAGGUAAGCCUAUCAAAAGAGUUAGACACUCAAUCUAAGGAGAGCAGGAGCUCAUCAAAAGAGACCCAGGAAUCAGAAAAUCAGUCCAAGGAGAGUAGGAGCUCAUCAAAAGAAAUUGAUCAGUUAACACAGUAUGCACUGAAACCGAAAAAAGAUGUGAAUCCAUCAAAUGAGGACAUAAAACAUAGCCUGUCAAAAGAGCAUAUUUCAAAAUCGAAAGAGAUAAGUGAGUCAAAGGAGGAUAUUACACAUUCAAUAGAGGAUGUCUCAGAGUCUGAAGAAGACACCACUGAAUCAGAAGAGGACACAAUUCAUUCAGAGGAAGAUAUUACUCACUCAUCAGAAGAAGUUAGCCAGAUUAAACAAAUUCAAAGUAACUCAAAAGAGAAUGAUAUGCUAAAAACUGGCAUUAAAACAGAUGAUAAAAGCCAAUCUAGGGAAGACAUUAGUACUGAGUCAGAGGAAAUUCCCAACACUAACUCACAACAGAGUGCUAGCAAGUCAGAGGAAACCGAUGCCACAUUAGAACAACUUCAAAGUCAUGAAUCAACAUUGAUGAGGUCCAUUGUGCUUGCAAAUGGCACAGUGCAUGACAGUAUAUCCUCCAGCAAGUCAACAGAACAUUUAAGUGUUUCCAGAGAAGACACUACCAGCAAUUCAGUUUACGACACAAAAGACAACAUAACUGAAGAGGAUGAUGAAAGUCAUUCUAGAGAAAGUGUAGAAUCAAUUGAAGUGAGUCCUAAUGAUUCCAGUGAGUCUGAAGAGGAUGCCAAAGCAUCAGUUAGCAAUGAAAUUGAUAGCAGAAGAUUAAUGUUUGAUAUGUAUCGACGUAAAGCCAUAGGAAAUGAUAAUGAUUGCCAAGAUGGUUACUAGGACAUAAGUGAAACCCAAAGCUAAGAGUCCUCAUUAACAUCAUGCUGUUUAUAGUGUUGUGAGACAUUUCAUUGUAGUAUUGUUUCAGAAAUUUUUCAUUGAUAUGGCUCUAUAUUGACUAUACACAUAUUUGAAAACAUAACCUACUGUCUAUAUGGCAUAGUUCAUCUAUGCUAUUUUAUUUAUUUUUAUGACAAUAUGAUAUAAGCUAUUUUGGGAAUUAAAAAUCUGGUAAUACCUCAA